AUGGAGGGGAACGCGCACCUGCUGCAGGUCAUCCGCAAGAUGCGCUCCCAAAUCAACAAGCUGGAGAGGGAGAACAGGGCCCUGAAGGGAGAGCUGCAGGGCUGCGGGCAGAGAGAGGUGCCGGCACCAGGAGAUGGGCACGGCGGUGCGAGGAACCUGGGCUGUGAUGGGGAGGGACCGCCCGCAUCUCCCGCAUCCCUGCAGGGACGCGCCGCGGCAGCGCCGAGGGAGCCGACAGAUACUGCCAUGACUGUGAGGCGCUACCCCACCAUCUCCCCAGCUCCUGCUCCUUCCAGCAGCAGGUCCCACUGGGCUGGUAGGAAGCCUCCAAGCAGUGGGCUCCUGGAGGUGCCAGGCAGUGCCCAGCCACCAGCCCUUCCUGCUGCAGCACAGCUCAGCAGGGAAGAGGAGAAAGGGCUUGAAAAAUCAGCACCCAGCUGUCUCUCCUACAGCCACUCCAGCAACAUGAAGCUGUUUGAGGAGCACGUUUAUAAGUGCCCGGGUAAAGCAAAGGCUGUGAGUUUCCUCUUACCAAUGGAUAUGUCAUCAUUUGCUGAAAAGCAAGGUUCUCUCAAAAGCCCACAAAAUUAGAGCAUGAAACAUCUAAUGACCAUCACUGAAAAGGAUAUGUGAGCUGGUGAAUUUUUAAAGGCCCAUUGACUCCCGAGAUAAAUUGGUCUUAAAUGAUAGCUGUGUGUCAGGUUCCUCUCCUGCAAAACGUUUUGGCAGGAUGCCCACAGUGCAUCACCCAGCCGUGUUUGGGUCACUGGCCUGAUGUUCAGCAUGGAAAUGGAAGCCACAACAAAGCCAGCUGGAAGCCCAGACACUGUGAUGAAACUGCACAAAGCAAAGGUGCCUCUGCAAAGUGCUUCUGUGCAAUGUGUCUCAAGGAUCCCUUACCUCAGGACUGAUGUGAACAGGGUGCUGAAGCUGGGU